ACCUACAACUAGUUUGACAGCUCAGCUCUUCUAGUCGCAGAUCAGCAGCAGACAGCUGCCCUUUCCUCUCCUCUCAGUCUAGAUGAUCUAUUAUCUGGUGUUCUUGUUGCUACAGUAUGUGUGCGUCUCCAGUCUCCUGCUGGCUGUGAGGAGUUUCACGUGUCUGUAGGUUUGAUCACUUUCUCCUGUUGGAUCUGGGGUUUUUUUGUUGGGUUUUAUUAUUAUUUUAUCUUUAUUGGGCGUCGCGAGAGGAUUAAAGAUGUCGAGGAACGCGGAGGAGGUGAACAAGCUGACUGAAAGUACAUACAAGAGUGUGAUGGACCAGUUCAACCCAGGACUGAGGAAUCUGUGUAACCUGGGCAAGAACUAUGAGAAAUCAGUGGCUGCAAUGAUCCUGGCGGGAAAGUUGUAUUUUGAUGCAAUGUCUAAGAUUGGGGAGAAUGCUGCAGUGUCUCCUGUCUCCAGAGAAUUAGGUGUAGUGCUGAUGGAUAUCUCAGAGGUCCACAGGAAGGUUCAUGUGGAGCUGGAAGAAAAUUUUAAGAGGUUCCACCGGGAGAUAAUAUCCGAGCUGGAGAGAAAGACUGACAUGGAUGUCAAAUACAUGACAGCUACGUAUAAGAGGUACCAGAUGGAGCACAAGAUUAAGCAGGACUCUCUGGAGAAGUCCCAGUCAGACCUGAAGAAGCUGAGGAGAAAGAGCCAAGGCAAGAACGCCAACAAGUACGAGAACAAGGAGAGCGAGUGCCUGGAAACGUUGUCGAGCCGUCAGAUGGACAUGCAGUUGUUCAUCGCGGACGGCUGUAAGGAGGCUCUGCUGGAGGAGAAGAGACGCUUCUGUUUCCUGGUGGACAAACACUGCAUGUUCUCCUACCAGUACGCCUCCUUCCACGAGAAGGCCAGAGACAUGCUGACGGCGAAGCUGAACAGCUGGCAGGACCAGUGCAACGACGCCUCCGACAUGCCGGACGGCGUCCUGUCGAUGAUCGAGGGGCUGCGCACGGCCGUCCCCAUCACGCCUCUGCCCUCGCCCUCGCCGUCACGGCACAGUAUGAACAUGUCUACUCCGCCGGCUCCACCUCUGAAGGCUCAGACCAGUCCUCUGGCUAACAUGUUCACCCAGGAGAACAACACGACCAGUGUGACCAGCACGACCAGAAACAGCAUAGACCAUGGGACCAGCGAGGAGAACAGCCUCCCCAGGUCCGUGUCCGUCGCCACCGGCCUCAACAACAUCGUGAAAAGGCCACGCGUGCGCACCAUUUUCCCCCACACCGCCGGAAACAACGGCACGCUGCUCAGCUUCGACGAGGGAGACGUCAUCGCCCUGCUCAUCCCCGACGAGAGAGACGGGUGGAUGUACGGCGAGCUGGAGAAGAGCGGAAAGAGGGGCUGGUUCCCUUCAUCUUACUGCCGUGCACUCUCCGAGCCUCUCGUGAAUAACAACAGUGUGUCUGCCGCCCCGUACCGCAGCAGAAGUGUCGUCAACCUCCACCAUCAGGACACGGAGACGGACGAGGCGACCAUGGUGCUCCCCCCGGCGGACUACUGCGACGGUCCGCAGCGCAACGCCAUCAAGAACAACAUCAGCGCCACAAACAACAGCCACCACCACUCGCCCACGCCCUCUGCAGUCUCCUCCUCCUCCUCGUCCGAUCACCACACGACCUUUGUGCCGUGCUGGCACCGCCGGCCGUAGUGUCGUGAUAGAGCUGGCAACGUGAGGCCACGUCUCACCUGAUACCUACUGUACCCUCAGCCGGGCAGCCUUAUCUUGACUGCUGAUGACUGAUGAGUAUGUGUGGUGUCAGAUGAGCUUUUUAUGUCUGCCUCGGAAACCCGACCACACUCUGAUACACUCUCAGAGUCGGCUGACAUGCACAAUAAAAAAAUCUAUUAUUGGGACUCGGAGACAGUUUAAGACGGAGUUUGCUGUAGGUAUGACUUCUAUGGCGUGGAUAUCUCAUGAACAAAGAGGCACAGGCACACACUGAUGAGUGCUUAUUGGAUAACUUCAGUAUUUUAAUGGGGACAACACUUUAUGAAGACGAUUAAUUAUACGCACAUCCCGUAGGUGCGAGGCUAUCAGAACAGUGUCAGCAAAGACAAAAGGUAACGACUGCACACUACUCCACGCCACAAGGUUUUUAUUGACUACGUUUCGAUCCUGCUUGGAUCCACGUCAUGUUUGAAGAAGUGGAAACAUAAACAAGCUCGAUGACGGCAGGUGUGGUUCAUCCAAAACACCAGCGUGAUAAAAACAUCCACAAAUAAUUCACAGUUUGAUCAAAUACAUACAAACGGUAGCGCAAAAGCCAUACUUCUACAUAUCAAACAUGCUAUUUAUAUAUAAAGAUUUUGUCAUAUUCAUCCUCACAUAUAUCAGAAAAUCCAUCACCUAUGUUCAAAAAUAUUACAUUAAAAGGUAGAGGAAAAAGAAAAGAAGAAAUAUUUAAUAUAUGUACAAUAAUUGGGUUUUAAAACACUCUUCUGAAGAAGUUAUCUAUGUCAAAUCCCAAUAUGGAACAUUUUGAAAUGUGUCCAGUAUUGAGGUAAAGUGAGCAGCGUCACUGUAACGUUACGUCCACUAAAAGGGCUUUUUCUUGCCACAGACAGCCUCAGAUUGUUAUUAUAAGAGUCUGACAUCAUAAUGGAAAGACCCCUAGAGAGAAAUAAAAGGUUUUUCUUACCUUCCUCUCGAUCCGGUCUGUUUGGUAUUGUGUCCGAGUCCGGCUCAAGGAGAAGCCUCGUUGUGAAAUCUGAUUAUCCAAAUAAAUACGGGCGUCCAUCGAAUUGAAAGAGCUCAUCCACGCUGUCAAAAUCAUGUAAAUAUUCAGCCGUUAGAUCACACUAAGCUACGCUUUCUGUACUCCAACACAACAAACUCUUCCCGGCUGCCACUCGCAGUGUUUCCACCACGGAUGUAUUCCACUGUCACAGUCUCAGGAAACUUCAGAGUUGGACCCAAACACAGAUGAAGGGAUGAAGGCAGCAGGGAGUUAUUCCAGUGAUUUAGUCCUGAAGCAGGUAACACAAGUUGAUCCAACACACAAACUAGGAAGACUGAAACUAAAACACUGGGAGCAAGACUGGACCAGUCUGGAACAAGCAGCUAAUGCUGACCUGACCUGACACUGAAACACACAAAAAACUAAUUAACCAAUGAAACUCAGGUGUGGUGGAAAACAGGUGGGAAAAAUGGCAAAGGCAGGAAGUAGAACACAACAUGACACAUGGAGAGAGUUACUUUCAAAAUAAAACAGGAAACAGACUACACAAAAACCCAAGACCAUGGCCAAGGGUUUAGGGCUGUCCCACUGUCAAAUCGUCAAGUCCUUGACGGCUCUCUUGCAGACAUUUUGAACCCUUUAUGAACACUUUCCGCAUUUCUGCAAAGAGGACAGCACAUGAGUGUUCAGCCUGAUAUAUUUCAAUUUACACCAAAACAUUAACUUUAAGAUGGUGGAUAAAAAUCACAUGAAAUCAGAGGAAUGCAAUCAUUAGAUUAUAUUACACACCUGGUUUAUUCAUCAACCAUUUCUGUUAUUAUAUUAUUAUUAUUUCACCUCCCAUACCAACCUGGCUGUAGUCAUUACUCUACGGGUGUUUCCCUGUUUGCAGACCAUGCAAAGUGGCAACCAAAUGUGCGGUUUAUCCUCUAUGAAAGCUUUUGUAGUUCACCUACUGGAUGUAUGUAAAUGUUGUUGUGGUUCGUCAGGGUUAAAUGCACCUGUGCACCCUCUGCACUACGUCACAUGGCACUUUUCUAGGCUACCUGUAGACUUCUGACAUGUUUAUGCAUGUUUCCUAUUCAAAACGUUUCAAACAACUCACACUAUCUCAGUUAGUGUCCAGUCAAUAGGGUACAUCAAGUUAAUUCGUUAAACCGUAUACUGUUCCCUAACAGUUGGAAGCUUUAAAGAGGACCUAUUAUACUAAUUUUCAGGUGUGUACUAUGUGUUUUGGGGUUCCUACUAGAACAUGUUUACAUGCUUUAAUGCUCAAAAAAACACUUUAUUUUUCUCAUUCCGGCUGUGCUG